AUGGAUCCUCUCUCAGAAAUCUUCUCUUUUCAUAAAAUCCAAGAAUAUGAUACUUAUCAUCAGGAGAUUCAGAUCCCUUCUACUCCAUGUCAAUUACCCCAACAAGAUUUGGUCAAGAUUGGCGCUAAUUCCUUGCCAAGAAAUGAUACUAUUAAAAAGAAAAGAUCAAGAAGAUUAUUAUCAAGUGUUUCAACAGAGAUUACUAGUAAUGAGACCAUGGAUCAAAACAAGCUCAUCAAAAUAAUUGCACAUAGAGAUGUUGAAAGACAAAGGAGGCAAGAAAUGACUAAUCUUUAUGCUUCUCUUAGAUCACAUCUUCCUCUUGAAUUUCUCAAGGGGAAACGUUCGGCAUCAGAUCAUUUGGAACAAGCUAUGAAUUACAUCCAACACCUUGAGAAUAAUAUUAAUGAUUUGGAAAAAAAGAGAAAGAAGCUGAAAAUUUUGGCCCAUUAUUCCACCAGGGAGGAUAAGGAAACCAUCCAUAAAUAUAAUUUAGAAGAGUAUGUGACAGUAAAUCCUUGUCAAGAUGGUGUGGAGAUUUUGAUAAAAAAAAAGUUUGGAGAAGAAGGGCUUCCUCUUUCAAAAGUGGUUGAAGAACUCAUGAAGAGAAAACUAAAUGUUGUUACUUGUGUUUCUACUAAAGUAGAUGAAACAUCCCUCCACAAAAUUCAGGUUGAGGUCACAGAUGUUUCUUGCAUGGAUGUAUCUACACUUCAAGGAAAGCUAGCCGAGAUGAUGCUUAGUUUGUCUUAA